AUGAAGUUUUACAUCGAUGAUUUGCCCGUUCUGUUCCCAUAUCCUAAGAUAUAUCCUGAACAAUAUCAGUAUAUGUGUGAUAUAAAGAAAACCUUGGAUGCUGGUGGGAAUAGCAUAUUAGAGAUGCCGUCUGGGACCGGUAAGACUGUUUCGUUACUUUCUUUGACAGUGGCGUAUCAAAUGCAUUAUCCUGAGCAUAGGAAGAUUAUUUAUUGUUCUCGUACCAUGUCUGAAAUCGAAAAGGCGUUAGUGGAAUUAGAAUCUUUGAUGGAUUAUCGAUCUAAAGAGCUUGGCUUUGUGGAAGAUUUCCGUGGGUUGGGGCUCACCAGUAGAAAGAACUUGUGUCUUCACCCCAGGGUUAGUAAGGAAAGGAAAGGUAACGUUGUGGAUGAGAAAUGUCGACGGAUGACAAAUGGGCAAGCGAGGAAGAAAAAGGAAGAGAAUCCGGAUGCUAACGUAGAGUUAUGUGAUUACCAUGAAAAUAUGUAUAAUUACGAUGUGGCAGAUUAUUUGCCUCCAGGUGUGUUUUCAUUUGAAAGAUUGAUUCGGUUUUGUGAGGAGAAACGGAUGUGUCCUUAUUUCACUGUACGUCGUAUGAUUUCGAUGUGUAAUAUUAUCAUUUACUCUUACCAUUAUCUAUUGGAUCCCAAGAUUGCAGAGCGUGUGUCGAAAGAGGUCAGUAAAGAUGCUAUUGUGAUUUUCGACGAGGCCCAUAAUAUAGAUAAUGUUUGCAUUGAAUCUCUUUCCCUAGAUUUGACCAAGGAUCUAUUAAAGAAGGCCACUAAAGGUGCUAAUGCCCUGGAUCGGAAAGUCGAAGAGAUGAAGAAAGUGGAUUCACAGAAAUUACAAGAUGAAUAUGAAAAGUUGGUUCACGGGUUAAGAGCAUCGGAUAUCUUGGAACCCGAAGAAGAGCCGUUGGUGGAAACACCAGUUUUGUCAAAUGAUAUAUUGAAGGAGGCAAUUCCUGGGAAUAUAAGAAGAGCUACACAUUUCAUUUCAUUUUUGAAAAGAUUUAUCGAAUAUUUGAAGACUAGAAUGAAGGUUUUACAUGUCAUAUCGGAGACACCAAACUCUUUCCUCCUUCAUCUCAAACAAUUGACAUUUAUAGAAAGGAAACCUUUACGAUUUUGUUCAGAAAGAUUGUCGUUAUUGGUUAGGACCCUUGAAGUCGAGGAAGUGGAAGAAUUUAACGCUUUGAAAGACAUUGCAACUUUUGCUACUUUGAUUUCUACUUAUGAGGAUGGGUUCCUCUUGAUUAUAGAACCGUAUGAAAUCGAAAAUGCGGCAGUGCCCAAUCCAAUCGUUAGAUUUACUUGUCUUGACGCAUCGAUUGCAAUUAAACCUAUCUUCGAACGAUUCUCAUCGGUUAUUAUCACUUCGGGUACCAUAUCCCCGUUGGAUAUGUACCCUAAGAUGUUAAAUUUCGAAACUGUAUUACAACAAUCUUAUUCGAUGACUUUAGCGAAAAAAUCAUUCUUGCCAAUGAUUUUAACAAAGGGUUCUGAUCAAGUGGCAAUAUCAUCUAGAUUCGAAAUUAGAAAUGAUCCUUCCAUUGUUCGUAACUAUGGUUCGAUGUUGGUUGAAUUUGCCAAAAUCACACCCGAUGGUUUGGUCGUUUUUUUCCCAUCUUAUUUAUACAUGGAAUCCAUUAUUUCAAUGUGGCAAACUAUGGGUAUUCUAGAUGAGGUUUGGAAAUACAAAUUGAUCUUAGUGGAAACUCCCGAUGCACAAGAAACUGCUUUAGCAUUGGAAACAUACCGUAAGGCCUGUUCUAACGGACGAGGAGCCAUUCUUUUGUCAGUUGCGCGUGGUAAAGUGUCUGAGGGUAUCGAUUUUGACCAUCAGUACGGAAGAACUGUACUCAUGAUCGGCAUUCCGUUCCAGUAUACAGAAUCUCGUAUUCUUAAGGCAAGACUAGAGUUCUUACGUGAGAAUUACCAGAUCCGAGAGAAUGACUUUUUAUCUUUUGAUGCAAUGAGACAUGCAGCUCAAUGCUUAGGUAGAGUUUUACGUGGUAAAGAUGACUACGGUGUAAUGGUGUUGGCAGACCGUAGAUUUGCAAGGAAGAAAAGUCAACUACCAAAAUGGAUUGCACAAGGUUUAUCUGAUGCCGACAUGAACUUGUCCACGGAUAUGGCUAUCGCCAAUACUAAGCAAUUUUUGCGAACCAUGGCACAACCAACUGAUCCAAAAGAUCAAGAAGGUGUAUCUGUGUGGAGUCAUGCACAGUUACUGGCGCACCAAGAAAGUGUUAAGAAAAAGCAACAUAACGGGUUUGUUGAUUCGGAUGUGACAGAAGUCAAGGAUAAUGACGGGGACAUUGAAAUGAAGGAUUAG